AUGUCUGCACCACCUUCAGCCGCUGAAUCAGCUCAAUCAAUCAACGAUGACUAUGAUUGGGAAAUCGAUUUAGCGACAGCCACAAAGCGAGAGAUAAAUGACUACGUUGAAAAGAACAUGCAUUUCGAUGACAGAACAUCAGAUUACAACCUAUGGGCAACAUACUGCGACCUUUUCGAAAACUGGGAACCAGAACACUUUAAGCAAGUCGCACCUCUAAGACGAACAGCAUUACGGACGAAUCUACUUCAGCAUGGAGUAUUUGUUCCACGAUUUGGUCGAGGAAUAGCAAUUUACACCCUACUAUCCAUAGUAGCCCAACAAGAGGAGUUCCAUGAAUGGACAGACGAAGAUAUUGAAAGCUUCUUCACGGAAUUUAAGAUGCCAAUGAUCACUGGAGCACUAAGACACCGCCUUAACCCGACCUGCACUGGAUUGAAGCAGCCUUUACAAGGCACUCUGCCCCCAUAA